AUGAAAGAAGCCGUGGUAUCAGAAGACCUCAAAGUCACUAUCCAAGAUGUGAAUUUCCCAACAAUUCCAAGCCCAGACCAUCUCAUAAUCAAGGUGCAUGUCUCUGGGUCCAAUCCUAAAGAUUGGGCGAUGGCCGAACGAUUCCCUGGCAUCAACCAAGGCGAUGACAUAGCCGGCGUUGUGCACUCAGUUGGCAGCAACGUGACUGAGUUCCGACCAGGAGAUAGGGUCGCUAGCUUCCAUGAGAUGCUAAGCCCACAUGGAAGCUAUGGCGAAUACGCAGUCGGGCGCGCAGAUACCACAUUCCACAUCCCUGAACAAGUCUCUUUCGAAGAAGCCGCUACUAUCCCGCUCGCUGGUAUGACUGCUGCCCUCGGGUUAUAUCAGAGACUUAACCUACCUGUUCCCUGGCGUCCCGCCCAACAACGGCUCCCUCUUGUCAUCUAUGGAGCUGCGAGUGCCGUGGGAGCCUUCGCUGUCAAAUUAGCUUCUCUAUCCAACAUACACCCAUUGAUAUGUGUGGCUGGUCAGGGCGGUUCAUUUGUUGAGACUCUCAUUGAUCGGUCAAAGGGGGAUACUGUAGUUGAUUACCGCAAUGGCGACGACGCAGUUGUCGCGGGCUUGCGCGAAGCGCUGGAAGAUGGCGAAAAGCUGGAGUACGCUUUCGAUGCUGUGACCGGGAAAGGAAGCUAUCAGAACCUGGCAAAGGUUUUGGACGCAAGUACCGGCAAAAUCACCGUCGUAUUGGCGCGGAAGACGUAUGAGAGCAUACCCGAUAGCGUGGAGCUCUCAUAUACCCAAGUUGGGAGAGUUCACUCUGCCAGUUACCCCGGAAUUAAAAGAGAAAAGCGGCUUCUAGGUGCCUUGAAUGAUGAGGAUUUCGGGCCCGUGAUGUACAAAUUCUUUGCAAGAGGGUUGUCCAAAGGUUGGUUUAAGGGCCAUCCCUAUGAAGUCGUUCCCGGGGGAUUGAAAGGGAUAGAGAGUGCUCUGCAGGAUCUGAAAGGUGGGAAAGCAAGUGCAGUCAAGUAUGUUUUCAGAAUUGCCGAGACGGAUGGACUGCGACAAUCUCGUCUGUGA